CUUCCUCACACAAAACAUCACCCCCCAGCAACACAUAAGAAAAAGCAAAAAAAAAAAACGAUUGUUUCCUUCUUCUGGGGUCUCUGGUGGGUAACGAUCGGAGAGAGUUCAUUGAUUCAUUAACUUUUAAAACCGUUCUCUUAAAUUAAUCGAAUCGGGGGAAGAGCUUGAAUUGAAUUGAAUUUGGGUGGUGGUGAUUCGAGCUCGACGAGAAAAGGGUUUUUGUUGAGAUUUGAUUUGAAUUGGUGUGUUGAUGGGUUUAGGAAACAAGGUUAACAAAUUCAAUUUCGGAGAUAACGAUCAUCGCCCCGACGAAGGAGGUGGCGGCGAAGAAGGAGAUGGUUUCGGCUCGGUUGCGUGUUCGAUUUGUCUCGAUACCGUCGCUAAAGACGGCGAUCGAGCCUGGGCUAAUCUCCAAUGCGGCCACCAGUUCCAUCUCGUUUGAGGAUUAUCCGUAUGAAUCGAUGCAAGAGAGAGCGCUUUCUAGCUACAGUUUGAGAGAUAUCCUCCAAUAUUGUAUUGGGUCAGCUUUCAAUGCUAAGGGCGUGAUGCAGUGCCCAAACUGCAGGAAAGUAGAGAAAGGCCAGUGGCUUUACGCAAACGGUUGCCGUUCACACCCUGAGUUCAAUGUCGAGGAUUGGGUUCAUGAAGAGGAGAUUUACGAUAUCGGAAGCUACCCUGAAAUGGCUUUUGGAGUUCACUGGUGCCCAUUUGGAAGCUCAGCUCGUCUUCCCUCGUUCGAGGAUGGAGACUUUUCGCCGAGUUCAUAUCAUGAUCUCUUGAACCAGCAAGGCUAUUUUACAGAACCACCAGCUCCAACAGCAGCGGGUCACCCAUGUCCAUACGUCACCUACAUUGGCCCGGUUCAUUCCUCUUCCUCAAGCUCUGCCGGCGCUGCAGGCGUUUCAGACAGUCCAAGUUUCACUAGCCACUGGAACAUCGGCUCCUCGGUUCCCAGUGAAGUCCCAACUCCUUAUGGCUUCCCUCACUAUCACGGCUGGGAGUAUCACUCACCUCCACCCACACCGCCACAGCACUUCUCUCCUUCUGGCCCUCACGUGGGGAGUCCAACUCACCCCACGCCUCCCCCAGCUUCUGCAAGAACUUCCCGAGCCAAUGUCUCGGAUGUUAUCAGACCAAGAAUGCCUCAGUUCAUGCGUCCAUCAUAUCAUGGUCACAGUUCAAGUGGUAGAGCGGGGAGCUCGGUGGCGUCUGUUCCAAGGACACCGCCUUUUCCAGGAAGCAACGUUAGGACCAGAGACAGAACACAAGCUCUUCAAGCCUAUUACCAACAGUCCACUGCACAGUCACACCAACCUGACUCGCCUAUAGUCUCUCGUGGGCCUGUGUUCCCCUCUGGACGGAGGCCCAGCAGAGGAUCAGCUUCAUCAUCUUCAGAUCAGGCAGGAGGUGGGAGCGGGUUUCUCCGGUUUAACAUAUGGGAGAGAGAGCCUUAUAUGCAACCGCAACAAGCCUACCAAGUUAACCAGAUGGAUAGAGAACCAUCCAUUUGGGCGUCUUCCUUCAACGAAGGAGGAGGAAGCUUCCAUCAGAGGCAUGGAGGUGGAGGACCAUCGUGAGAGGUGAGUCAGUUGCCGUCGAGGGCAAUUCUCAUACCCAAAAAAAAAGAAGAGGAAAAACAAUGGGAAGUUGAUAUUUGAUAAAACAUGAAAACACUCACUGCAUGCUUGAAGUUAUUGAUAAUAUAUGAACACAAAUGAAUGGUAUGUAAUGGUCUGGAGAGAGAGACUUGCUUCCCCUGUUUUGGUGAUGACCGCGUGGUUAAAGCCGGUUUGGGUCUGGUUUAGAUCCGAGUAGCGAACAGGUUGUUUGUUAUUUGCUUUUCUUUGAUGUGGCUACACUGGGUAUCCAAGUUAAAUACCCUAAUGCAACAUUUUUCUUCUUCAUAUGUUAUUUUUUUAGUAA